CAGUAUGUUGACGCAUGCGCAGCAGAUCAGCUCGCGGCGGUGUUAGCGGCAGCAGCAGUACACAGAGUAUUUGUUUGUAGUAAUCAUGAGUUCUAUCGGCACUGGGUACGACCUGUCGGCCUCCACCUUCUCUCCAGACGGCCGAGUGUUUCAGGUUGAAUAUGCGAUGAAGGCAGUUGAAAACAGCAGCACAGCCAUCGGUAUCCGCUGUAAGGACGGCAUCGUGUUUGGUGUAGAGAAGCUUGUUCUGUCUAAACUGUACGAGCAGGGUUCUAACAAACGCAUCUUCAACAUCGACAGACACGUCGGCAUGGCAGUAGCUGGUCUGUUAGCUGAUGCUCGCUCGCUGGCUGAAGUAGCCAGAGAAGAAGCAUCAAACUUCAGGUCAAAUUAUGGACACGACAUUCCUCUGAAGCACCUGUCAGACAGAGUGGCCAUGUACGUCCACGCCUACACGCUGUACAGCGCCGUCAGACCGUUUGGCUGCAGCUUCAUUCUGGGCUCGUAUGAUAAAGAUGACGGUCCUCAGCUCUACAUGGUCGACCCGUCAGGAAUCUCAUACGGUUACUGGGGCUGUGCCAUCGGAAAAGCAAAACAAGCUGCAAAGACAGAGAUUGAGAAACUGCAGAUGAAAGACAUGACGUGCAGAGAACUGGUUAAAGAAGUCGCCAAGAUAAUCUACAUCGUUCAUGAUGAAGUGAAAGACAAAGCGUUUGAGCUGGAGCUCAGUUGGGUCGGAGAAGUCACAAACGGACGACACGAGCUGGUGCCUAAAGACGUGAGGGAGGAAGCAGAGAAAUACGCCAAGGACUCUCUGGAGGAGGAGGACGACUCUGAUGAAGACAACAUGUAGCCCCGCCCCCCUGACAUCAUGAGCCCACUCUCGCCUGCUCCUGUUUUUCACGUUUUAAAGUUCAUGAACGUUCACAUCUGUCAGUUUCAGCUUUGAACAAAAAUAAAGUUUGAAAAAGUU